UAAUAUUAACUUAAAAACAAAACUUUAAAAUCUGUAAACGAGAUUAAUAAUUUGAAAAAGCUUAAAUUAGAUGUCAGCAUCAGCUCGAUGAAGAUCAAAAUAUUAUGAAUAGCGUACAUACAAUAAGCAAAUAUUUACGAGACAUCGGUCGAGAGAAUUUCGCAGUUAAGUCUCAGUCUGUGUUCAGAAUGUUAGCGAGUAAAGAUCUUGUCGUAUGUUUCUGUAUAUUAUGGAUUUGCGUAAAUAACGCAAAAUGCCAAGAUUUAAAAGCAUUGUCUAAGACAUUAGAUGAAAUGCUCGUUAAUACUAGAGCAUUUCGGAAACCUCGAGAUCACAAAGAUAUACCGGCAAUUUGGCAAGAGUAUGAAUUCGAAACUGGAGCUGGAAAUCGAGAAGAAAUUAUUGUAACAAAUAUAUCGUUGCAUACACUUGCUGAUAUAACUAAAAAUAUUGACAUAUCAAUAAACAAUUCGCAAUUUUUGCAAUCUGAAAUAAGUUACUUUAUUUGUGCCGAAAAUUCGACAUUGCUUUUCUACAAAAUUAAUUUGGACAAUUUAUCAAUGGAACGUAUUAUAAGUUUAGUGGCUGAAGGGCACAUAUUACAGUUUAAAGUUCUCCAUUUCAAUAUCGAAGAAAGAUUUCAUGAAAAUCACGCAAACAAUUUAAUGGCAAUUCUACUCGUUAAAUCUCAGAACGAUUAUUUUCUGUAUUGGUAUAAGAUUUUCGAAAAUACAUAUAUGUUAUAUUCAACUUGGCCCUUACGAAAGCAAAUUCAAAAUAUGGAAUUCGUACGAGAAGAAAAUCAACAUAAAUUAUUGCUAUUCGACAAUGAUGAUGCAUAUCUCGAAGAACAAUCACUGAUUGAUAUUUACGGUUUUGAAAUUGAUUGUAAUAAUCAUCGUAUCGAUAUAUGGUUUUGUAGACGGUACUUUGUUCCAAAAGUAUUUGAUGUCCAAAUUUGUUCAAUUUACGGACGCAAUGUGCUGGCUUUCCAAGGAAUCGAUAGCGUUAUUUUAUACGAAUUGAUAAAUGAGGAUAAAUUAUGCCAAUUUGAGAAAUUGGAAGUUAUUAAAUCCAACAAACUGAAAAAUUUUGUCUGCUUCGAAAGUGGAUAUAUUGAAUAUUUAGCAAUUAAUGGACAGGAAUCGCGUUUGUUUCACUUUUUUGAGAAUAAACUUCAAGAAAUUGCUAAAACUAAUCUGCAUUUUAAUGAAACAACCGAAAUUUUGUGGAUAGUCACUGUACCAUUAAACACAUAUCGAGAUGAAUCUUUGUUACUAGUUCAAUUAAAAAAUUUAACAGUAAUUGCUCUGGCUUGGCAAGGAUCAGAGUUUAAAGUUGUGUCUUUACCUAAUAAACUUAUGAAUAACUUCGAUUUAUCUAAAAUUAUUAUUAUUCCAAAAGUCGGAUUCGUGCAAACAAAUAUGCUUGUACAUAUAGAAAUCACCUUAAAUGAAUCAAUGCAUCCUGUUUAUGACGAGAUGGCAAGCGUUUCAAAGACCCGAGCUUUAUUAGAGGAAGUUUAUCGAAAACAGGAGGUCAUCUUUGGUGAAAUCGAAGUACAAUUUAAUCAAAGUUAUUUCAAGAAUCCUAUGCUAGCAAGUUUUUGGACUCUUUCAAAAGUAAAUGUAUCGAAUGCUACAAUUGAAAGACAUGUAAAUUAUGGCGCUGUCAAAGUUGGAUCGAUCAAUUUACAAAUGGAAGAUAUAUCAAUAAACGUGACAUCACAUUUUAAAAAAUUAGAAAAACUAAAAGUGGAGCUCGAUCAAAUCUUACCGAAUUUGAGAAACAUAAUUAAUUCAACAAGAAUUACCUUACCUUCGGAUAUUGAAUUAAUUGGAGAUUUGUUGGUGAAUGGUACUUUGUACGCAAAAACUAUAAUUGCUGGUUUUAUUAAUAACGUAUCAACUUCAAUCGAAGCGAACGGUAUAAUAAAUCAUCUUAUUAACGGGCAGAAAUCUUUUCUUUCCAUCGACACAAAUAACUUAACGAUUCUCUCUUUAAAUGACAUACCGUUGGAAAAAAUCAUGUUUGAUUUUUCAAUAAAAAGUUAUAACAAUGUAAAUUUUUCAACAUUAAGACGAUUAAAAAUUAACGGACAUUUAAACAUUUACGAAGUAAAUAACAUUAAUUGGAAAGAGCUGAUACAAAGUAUAGUUUGGAUAGAUGAAUCGAUAACUGUUUCUGGAGAGACAAUUGUGGAAGGGCUUGUCGCCGAAGAAGCUAAAAUCAAGGAGUUAAAUCAUUUGCAAUAUCCAAAGAAUUAUGUUUUAACAAGUUCUGAUAAAUUUUCUAUCAACGUUACGAGUAAAAAGCACUUUGCCAAUCUAUCCACGAAACAUUUGCUGGGGAUCAAUGCAAUAAACAAAAUAGAUAUUAACGAUUUUAUUAUUCUCAAUAAACAUGAAAUCAUUAAUCAAAAAAUUAUUUUUGAAAAUCUGGAAGUUGGUGGAACCUUCGAGAUUAAUGGAAAUCUAAAGGGUAUUAACAUAAGCAACAUGGAGAAUUUGCUUAACGAAACCGACAGUCUUUUAUCAGAUGUUAUUUUUGAAAAUCUGACAAUUAUGGGAAACAUUAUACUCAAAGAUUCAAUUAAUACUAAAAUAUGGUCGAAUUUUGACGAUUUUUUAUUAAAAACUGAAACUAAUACGGUUAUUAUUGGAAAUAAAAAAUUGUGGAAUAAUGUCAACAUUAAGUCUGACGUAACAAUUAAAUCCAGACGAAUUAAUGAUCACAUUUUGUCGGAAUUUGUAACAUUAGAUACCAAUCAACAGUUUCCUUAUUUAACAAAGAUAUUAGCACACAUUAUGUUUGGAAAUGUAACUUUUGAUACUUUGAAGAAAUUAAAGAAUUACAUAAACUAUGAACAAGAUAUUGCUUCUGGUUGCUUAAAUAAAAUACUAUUGUUUAAUAAAUCACCUGUUAUCGACAAUUUGUCUUUUGAUACCGUAAAACAGACUAUUUCACAGACUACUUUUUUGGGAAAAUUAAAUAAAGCUUUUCGAGAAAUAUAUUUCGAGAAUUUGACAAUCUCGAGAUUAUUAGCCGAUGAGAUUUUGCCAAACACAAUCAAUGGAGUCAAUUAUACUGAUCUGAUCAAACGUAUAUUAACACUCUAUACGCAACAGAAUCUGACAGGUGCUUUAAUAAUUGACAACUUGGAAACAGACGUAUUAAAUGCUAAGGUUAUCAACGGAAUAUCGUUGAAUACAUGGAAUCUGUUAUUAACGCAUACAAAAUCACUGUAUAAUUACGUUUUAAACAGAAAUACAUUGAUAAAUUCUCUACAAGUGAUAGGGAUGGUAACGGCAUCUUCAAUUAAUAACAAUGAUAUUAUUGAUAUUUACAAAGAAGAUAACAUGGCAACUGUCGUUUUCAAUGAAAACGUAUCAAUCAUAGAUUUGAAAGUAAUUGACUUUAUAAACAGUUUGAAUCUAUCAAAGUUUAUUGCUGAUGCUGUUCAAAAAGUCGAUGGCAAUAUUACAUUUAUAGAUCGCAAAAUAUUUAAAAAUAUCACGUGCGAAGUUUUAAAAACGCAAACUAUAAAUGGACAUUUUGUAAACGACAUCUUGGAUCCAAAUGAAAAGCAGAUACUCAAAGGACCAAUUGUUAUAAAUGGCACGAUUAUGAUCUUAACAAAUUUUAAUACAACUAGCAAGAUUGGAAAUUCUAUGUUUUUAAAUGAUUUCAUAGAUAGAUUUAAAACACUUGAAAAUAAUUCUUAUGCUCUUCGCGGUAAUUUUUACUUCAAUAAAACAGCCUUCGUAACAAAACUAAAUGUAAAUGGAUUAAUUCAGGAAUCAGUGUUGGAUAGUUUUUUUGAUAAAAUAAUCUUUAAGAAUGAUGUAAAUGUUACAAUAUCCGGCUUAAAAUUAUUUAAAAGUUUAAUUACAUUUUAUGGUACAUUUAAUAUCGAUGGCAACUUGAACGAUAUAGAUUUACAUAAAUUUCGCAAAAAUGUUAUUUAUAUCGAUGAAUCUUUCUCGAUUAACACCGAAGUUACAUUCAAAGAAGACAUUUAUUUACAAAAAGAUCUUGUAAUCAAAUCAAAGCUACAAGUAAAUACCAUUAAGGAAAUUGAAAUAAAAAACUUACAGGAAAAUGUUAUCAUCCUUAAUAAAGCUAAGUACUUUCCAGCCCGAAUUACAUUCGACAAUGUAACUUUCCAGUCAAGUAUAAAAAUCAUACAAAUCAAUAGUUUACAAAUGGAUCUGACUGGAUUAAUUUUAUUAAAUAAACAACAGUUUAUCAUGAUUGAUAAACUUAACUGUACUGAUAUUAUUGUUAAGAACAUCCAAAUAUCAGGACUUAUUAAUACUUACUAUAUGAAAGAUAUUUAUGCAGACACUUUUAUGAUACAAGAUAAUCAAAAUAUUACAGGAUCUAUAAAAAUACACGGAAACGUUUAUGCAUAUCAUAACUUUAACGCUCAUUUAAUUAAUAAUUUUAAUUCUGCAAAAAUUGUUUCUUUAACUGCAAACAAUAUUCUAACAGGAAACUUUAUGUUCAAAACUUCAAUUAUUCUUGAUAAAAGUCUUAGGAUUUUGGGCUUCCUGAACAGAAUAAGUCCGACUAAUUGGCAAAGAGUAGCAAUAAAGACAACAGAUGAAACAGAACAGAUUAUAUCUGGAAAAUGGAGAGUACAUGGAAAUGUUUACUUUGAAGAGAAUGUUGAUGGAAGUGAAUUUUUAAAUAAGGUUAAUGUCACAGACAUGUCAUUGACUUUAGUAAGAGAACAUCCUGAAAUAAAUUAUGUCAUCGAAAAAAUAUAUGAGGAUUUGAAUAACAUGUGUACAUGGAAUUUAAAUAUGCUUAAAUACAAUGCUAUAAAUCAGAUAUAUAAAUUCAAUACGUUUGAUUACUUAGAAAUUCAGGAAUUCGAAGGAGAUAUUCAUGAUAUUCGUAAUGUCGAAGUGAAUAAUGUGGAUUAUAUAUUAGUAAACUAUAAUAUUUGUCGUAUAAAACUUCUAUUAUAUAUUCAAACUGAUUUUCAAAUAAUUGAUGAAAUAUCUGAUUUUGGAUUAAUCGAUGAAUGGAUGUUUUUCAAAUCAAAUCAAAGCGCUUUAUACAUACUUACCACCGCAAAACGCACCUGCGGUAGAAGCCUUAAUAAUAUAUGGAAAUUGGAAAAUAACAGAUUGAUGCAUGUAUUAGAACUUGGUAAUAUCACAGAUCCAAAGAAUUUAUAUCAAGAUGAAUUUGUAACAAUGAUCCAAGAGAGUAUUGAAAUUGCACCAGAAAAUCUGCAAUCGGAUAUAUUAAAUGCUCUCAUCUCCUAUAAAAACGAGAAAUUAAAUUUAGUUUCAAAUAGAAAUCCUAUUACAUUAAUUAAUCAACAUUUAACAUAUAAAUUGCAAGAAAAAUUCUUAAAUGGCACAAACUUAAAAAAUUGUCUUGGUUGUAGUAGCUUAUUAACUUUUAAAGUAGGUAUUAAUGAAAGAGAAGAGUAUAUCUACUAUAAUGAAGAAGUCAGCCCAGAUUACAUAUAUUUGUGCGAAAAUGAUAUUUCACAAACAAGGAUCUUACAGACUAUAAAAGCACAUCGACCAAAAUCAAUUUUAGUUCUAAAUUUGGAUGGAUUUAUCGAAACAUUGCUCGUUAUCGUAGAAAAUAACAUUAUCCAAAUUUAUGAAUAUAAAGGUAUCGAAGGUUUCGUGCAUCAAAAUAUUAUACAAAUAAAAGUUGAUAAAUUAUACAACUUUAACAUAAGAAAAUAUAAUAAUUUAGAAAAAAGGCAUUGUUUAGCUGCAAUCCACAAAAAUCGUUUAACAAUUUUAGAAGCAAGAAUGUAUGGUGAAAAGUUAGAUUUAGAGACUUCUUGUUACACAAAUGAGCAUUAAAUAUAUCAAAAAUAUAAAUAUAUAAUAUAUAUAUAUAUAUAUAUAUAUACUUUAUUGUAUAAUAUAUGAAAACAUUUUGUUGCUAAAGAUUGUCACGUAGCAUAAUAAUGUAGCUAUAUAUUAAAAUAAAUUGAUUUAUGU